UAUCUCCAGGUUUUCAACAGAAGAAUUGGUUGGAAACAAAUAUAAAAUACCUUGCCAAUUCAGAAGCGUGCGGUGUACCAGCCAGAGUCGAACUUGAGCAAGCAUUGUUUUAAUCUAUGUUGAUCUCCAGAACCUUAUACCCCAGCUAUGAAAUGGCAGUCUCCACGCCCGAGGAGCUAAGAGCUCGUGCGGUGAAAAUCAUGCAACUUCUUUUCAAUAAGAAAGACCUCGAAACUGUCUCGUUUUUUAUCCAUGAACAGUCCGAAUUUUAUCACGACGACCGGCCACCCGUCUUUGGUCGAGCGGCUUUCUUGGCUGGUUGGGAAAAGGCCUGCAAAUUCAUGCCAGACUUUCAGCUAGACAUUAUCAAUUCGGUCGUCGAUGGUAGACGUGUCUGGCUCUUCUCAGAGAUAUCUGGCCUCCCGAAUGGAGUGAAAAAGGACUCCAUUGAUAUGAUGACAUUCGAUGAGACGGGUCUCCUCAUCAGAAGUAAAGAUGUGCAAAGAAUCAAGAACGAUAAUAGGCUCGACGCCUAGGUUUCCUUCUAUAGUAAGCUUCUUCUCAGAUGUAAAUGACAGUCGAAAAAAAGGGCCGCGCUCAUUGACCCAGUUGAAAAUAGGAGCAUCUCGGGUUUUUUUUUGUAUCAACCAGUGUCUUUUUUUUAUAUACACCGUCAGUCCUUGCAAACUCUUCAGUACUUAUUUAAAGUCGAGCUCCCCAAAACAACAAUUUUUAAAGGU